AUGCAUUUAAGACCUCAAGACUACCUUUCUCUCCAAAGCUCCAAGAAUGGGGCUGAGGUGUGGUGCAUGGGCUUUCAGAGGAGUCCCGAGAAAGGAAUUACUAUUUUAGGAGACCUUGUUCUUAAAAACAAGUUUAUUGUUUACGAUUUGGAUGCUCAACGGAUCGGAUGGGUAGACUAUGACUGUUUUUCAAUUGUAGAAGUCUCCUCCAACUCAAGUAGCAGUAGCGGUGAAGUUGUAAACCCCAGUCAGAUUAGUAGUGGUAGAUCAUUGUGGAUUAGAAGUCACCAACAAAUUCCAGUCAUUGUUAUUGCCUCCAUAGCACAACUGACGAUGAUGUUUCUUGGUUUUCAAGCUAUUGAUAUGUCCCUUUAAUUUAAUAUGUAUGCUUUAAUUUUACAAGCUAGUGGAUAUAAAAUAACAUUGUAAUUGAAUUCAUACAAACAAAUACAUGUUCAUGUAAAUGAAAAAUCCAACCAUUACUUGAUUCUUAAUUGUAGGGGGUAAAUGAUCUUUUGUUGGUAUUACUCCCUUAUUUAGAUUGGCUAGAGGAUGCACUAUAUACAUGUUUUGUAUGCAACUUGAUAUACUGUAAAAUACAC